AUACCUCCGGUUCGCAACUCUCUUCCUGUAGAAUGUAAAUAAAGCGAGCAACGAGAGAAGUCGCUGUUUAUUCAGUGUAAAUCUCAUGUGGUUGAUGAAUUCGCAUCAAGUGGAGUUUAUUUCACUAGAUGAGAAUUGAAAAGUGCAGAUUUAAGAACAUUUGGGUUGAAAGACGGAAAACUCGAAGAAAAUGCGGCCCAGGGAGCUUCCGCCUCUUCCACAGCGAGGACAGCGGACGCUCCCCACGAUGACGAGUGAAGACACAGCUGGAGAAGUGGCAGCACCCAGACAAAAGAAGAAGAGGGUGAGAAAGGAGACGAAUGGAGUUGACGAUGUAGAUGAUCAAGGGAUGGAGAUGGGAGGCCUGGGCAGUAGGAGGACAUCUGAGGUUGGAGAGCAACUUUCCCUUGAACCCACAAAUGGAGCGCCUCCCCCGAGAAGGAGGAAGAAAAAGAAAACUGCCACUAUUGUUUCAGAUGUUGAAGACGACCAAGCCGAUCUGGUGAACGGAGAUGCAGCUGAUCAGACCACCGAUGGAGAAGAAGUGGUCAAAAAAACCAAAAGGAAAAAGAAGUCAAAAGUCGUUGAAUCGCAGCUUCCCGAUGAGUUGGAUGUAGAAGAGGAUGAUAUUAUCACUGACACUCCUCCCCCUAUCUCCCAGCAUUCUCUGUUCUCGGCCCCACAGGGUCAGAGCCAGCCAGUCGGGAAGGUGUUUGUCGAGAGGAACAAGCGUUUCCAGGCGUCGGAACGCUCCGACUGGAGGAAGACCAGCGACCAGAUGGAUAACAUGACGGACUUCCAGCACAUGCAGCCGCUCUGGACGACCAGAGACGUUUCUAUUAGAGUGCACAAAGGCUACAGGAGGUUCGGUUUGUACUGUCAUGGCUUCCUGGCAGGCUGCGCCGUGUGGAACAUUGUGGUGGUGUACACGUUGGCCGGGCAGCAACUCACCGCUCUGUCCAACCUGCUGGAGCAGUACCACAGCCUGGCUUACCCCUGCCAGUCUCUGCUCUACAUGCUGCUGGCCAUCAACACUGUGGCCGCCUUUGACAGAGUGAAUCUGGCCAAAGGCUCCAUGGCUCUGCGAGAGUUCAUCACACUGGACCCCGUCGCUCUCGCCUCAUUCUUGGAUUUCUCAGCGUUGGUCCUGUGUUUGAGCCAGCAGAUGACCAGUGAUCGAAUCAACCUGUACCCAUCCUUCAACACAACGCUAUGGCCACCAGGGUCCGAGCACCAGAUCCUCCACCCAUGGGUGACAAUCAACCUGGUGGUGGCGCUGUUUGUCGGCCUGGCCUGGAUUUGUAUAGCUUCCCAACCUGAGACAGACUACACUGAGGGUUAUCUCAUGGCCAUGGAGCUUGAGCCGCCCAAACCAGAGGACAAAUCAGAAAUGAUCGCCUGAGGAACAUGUGUGUCUGCUGCAACACUAAAGCCUUGCUGUCAUUUUGCACAUAUUUUUGUGUUUUAGCAUUAAACUCUAACUGUGUUUUAUUGUGUUUUUUAAAUGUCAAUAUAUAUUGUUUUUUAAGGACAGGGUUUUAACCAAAGAAUCCAACAAUGUGUUUUUAUUUUCUUUUGGGGGAAUUCGAUGUGACGAAAACUAUUCAAAUGUCUGUUUGUUUCAGCGCUGGCAUUAUAAAUUGAGAUGUAACAACAUAAAUAAUUGUCAGUGUAUGUGUAUGUGUGAAAGCUUUUUCUUUUGUAAUUUGAGAAUGUUAACAAUAGGAAAAUGGAAAGUAUAUAAAAGAUUAAAUCAAA